UCCCGCACGCACCCGCGCCGCGCUAGCUAGUUCGAGAGAGGGAGAGAACAGAAGCGCGUGAGGAGAACGGAGACUCGAAGCGAACGCGCCACGUAGCGGCGAUCGAAAUGUACCAGGCGAUCCCCUACAGCGGCGGCGUCCGGCCGUGGCUCCGGCCGGCGGAGACGACGGCGGCGGCCGUCGCCACCGUCAAGACGGAGAUGGCGGAGGCGGCUCCUGCUUCCCGGGAGGAGCAGCAGGAGGUGGAGAGGGCGGUGUCGGAGAGCCCGGUGGUGGUGGUGGGGAGGCGCGCCUGCUGCCUCAGCCACGUGGUGAAGCAGCUCCUGCAGGGUCUCGGGGUGAACCCCGCCGUGCACGAGGUGGCCGACGAGGCUUCGCUGGCCGGGCUCGCGGGCGGCGGCGUGGAGGCCGCGGCGCUCCCGGCGGUGUUCGUGGGCGGGAAGCUCCUAGGCGGUCUGGACCGGCUCAUGGCCGUCCACAUCUCCGGCGAGCUCGUGCCCAUCCUCAAGAAGGCCGGCGCCCUCUGGCUCUGACCGUCGGAUCCCUCCGUUUUCCUUCUCUCGUUUUCGGCAGGCGGUGCGAGCUGGCCGUUGGAUCCAGAUCGCUGUUCCGCGGCCGGUUUGCUCUACUAGCAGUAGGAUUUUUGUUUUCCUUAAUUAAUGGUGUGAUGCAAAUGAAUGAAUGAAGAAGAAGAAACAGAAGAGACAGCUAGGUAGCGUUGCUAAAAAUUGAACGAGUAAUUGAUUUGGUAAUUAACGUC